GUUUAUUUCUCGGACGUAUCCGACUGCCAUUGACUGCUUUCACUUUGUAAAAGCGCGAAUCGUUAGAAACAAUACGAAGGAUUAUCAUUAGUCUAGUAACAAACUUAGAUUAUCUGUAAACUUCGAGACUAGAUCUAGAGUGUAGAUCUAAAUCUAGAUUCUACUUCUAGAUUUCUAGAUCUAUACCACUUGCAGAUCCUGGACCGGUUAUCUCACAAUUCACAUUUCUUGCUGUGUCAUCAAUGUAAUCUACUAAUAUGAGUGAGUUUAAAAUUCAUCAUCAUAUCAGUGAGCUUAUGACUUUACUUGGCGUUAAGUCGUCUCAUCCUAUUGGGCCAGAGCUAUAUGCAGAAAAGUUACUUAAAUGUCGGACACCAUAUAUUACAACACAGAUGUCAUCAAGUAAUGCCAAAUGGCAGAUUGCCAAAUCUACAGAGACGCCAAUUGAGUUCUCAACUUUGUAUGAUGAGUUGAAAGGAAAAAAUGUGAGAGACUUAGAUCCGCUGGUAUUUCUUCUUUCAAAACUUCAUGAGGAAGAGGAGACCAAGCAGUUCCUGGCCACCAAUGCCCUGGAGAAACUGGAGAAAACAGGAAUGACCUCUUUGCCCCACAGUAAGGUCACUUCACAAUUACCUGCUCCUGGAACAAAAAUGACAGAGGAAGAGUUGUCGGAGAUUAAAGAUAUAUUACUGAAACAAGCUGUUGUAGUAGAGACCCCACCGGCAGACUUCCUGGUGAAAGUUGUUAGAGAGAAACCUUUGACUAGAAAUACUAACAUUCCCCAGCAACCAGACUGGGUCUUUAAACGACCUUAUCUCACGCUGGACUUUGUUACAGACUCUGACUUUCCUCAGGAGAAUGUAGAGAGCCUGAAGAACAAGUCGCCAUUUUACCAGGAGCAUGCAGUGUUAGAAGAUUUACUGCUAUGUAUGAGGGGAAUUGAAGGCAAAUAUAUACUUCCAAGACCGCUGAAAGAAACAUAUGCUGUUAGAGAAUUUCUGAUUGACCAGAGUAUGGAUGUCAGUGUCAAAGAGUUAGUGAAUGGAAUCUUGCCUCUAUGUUCUAAUUAUUCCACUGUGGUCUUGUUUAUAAAAGAAAAGUCGGCAUUUGAAUAUGGGCUUGUGAACCAUGCACUAAGUCAUGCCAUGGAAACACUUAUAAGGGAUUACUUAGUUAUGGUGGCCCAACUGGAAAGAGAAAUGAAAUUAGGGAACCUAACUCUUCAGAAGUUGAGAUUUUAUUUACAGCCUACCAUGAGAGUUCUGGAGAUAUUAGCGUCAGUAGCUAAUUCUAUCAACAGAGGCAAGUGUAUAGGGGGCGCUGUGUUAAGUCUUUUACAUGAGAAAACUGCUUCAAUGAUUGGUGACAGAAAAAGUUCAGAGCUGUGUUUGUACCUGACACAAAGUGCCUGUGUACCAUACAUGGAAAUCUUGGAGAAAUGGAUUUACAGAGGUAUCAUCACUGACCCUUAUUCAGAGUUUCUUGUUGAGGAGAAUGAGACUAUCAACAAAGAAAAGCUGCAAGAGGACUACAAUGAUGCUUACUGGGAGAAACAUUACACAGUGUUUCAAGAAAGAAUUCCAGUUUUCUUGGAGCAAGUGGCAGACAAAAUAUUGAAUACUGGGAAAUACCUGAAUGUUGUUCGGCAGUGUGGUCGAGAUGUGAACUGUCCAUUCGCUGAAGAGCUGGUGUACACAGUGAAAGAGAGGCGGUACUAUGACCAGAUUGAGAGGGCUUACAGUUACGCUAGUCAGUUGCUGCUGACGCUGUUGAUGGAAGAGAAACAGCUCCUUGCCAGGCUCAAGUCAAUCAAACAUUACUUCCUGUUGGACAAAGGCGACUUCAUUGUCCAGUUCAUGGACAUGACUGAGAUUGAAAUGCGGCAGCACAUUGAUGAUAUACUUCCCUCUCGCCUGGAAUCUCUGCUGGAGUUGGCACUCAGGACCAGCACCGCCAAUGUUGACCCUUUCAAAGACGACCUGCGUGUUGAGCUACUCCCCUUUGAUUUGACCUCUCACCUUCUACAAAUUAUUGCCAUUGAUUCCAAGCGAGAGAAAGACUACAAGAAAGAUCCUACAGACAUCCGACUAUCUGGCUUAGAAUCGUUCUCUUUUGAUUAUGUUGUUAAGUGGCCGUUGUCUUUAGUACUGAGUAGAAAGGCCUUGACCAGAUACCAGAUUUUAUUUCGACAUUUGUUUUAUUGCAAACAUGUAGAGAGACAGUUGUGCAAUGUUUGGAUCGGAAACAAACAGAUGAAACUUUACUCGCCAGCCAGUUCCCGUUUUUACACUGCUGCUUUUGCACUCCGGCAGCGAAUGUUGAAUUUUGUACAGAAUUUUGAAUAUUACAUGAUGUUUGAGGUGAUAGAGCCCAACUGGCAUACCUUUCAACAGAACAUGGCUAAAGUGACCAAUGUGGAUGAUGUCUUGGCCUACCAUACUGAUUUCCAGGAGUCUUGCUUAGAAGAGUGUAUGCUGACCUCCACAGAACUUCUGAGAAUAGUUCACAAGUUACUGGUGGUGUGUAUCACCUUCUCUAACUACGUACAGAGGGUCAGCCAGACAACCAUGGUGGAGUCUGAGGUAGAAAGACUAAGGGACAGCACUCUUCAGUACACAAAAACCAACCGUCAGCGCAAGGAAGAACAGCAGAAGAAAAAAACAGCCAUUAAGGUGUUGGCUGAACAUGUUGACCAGGUACUAGCGGAUGAAAAUUUUGAACAGACGAUUCAAACCUUCGACAGCAACUUCUCUCAGUACCUUGUGAAACUGCUGGACAAAAUAAUGGAUGAGAACACAAAGACCUAUGAACAUAAACUGUUCAAUAUUUUAUACAGGCUUGAUUUCAAUGGAUUUUACACUGAAAAGUUGGCAGCGCUGUCAGCAGAGAGAGCAUUAAAGGAACAUUCUAUGAGAGCUGAGUCUAGCAGUCAUGGGCUUGCUCUUAGUGGCUCUCAGCCGACUUCAUUUACCUCUCAGCGUCCAGAGACGGCCACCUAUGUCCCUGGUCAGUACAGAGACAAGUGAAAAUAAUUGGACAAAUCAUCACAAUCAACAGCUGCACUGACACUCUGCGUCCAAUUCAGGGGAAUUAUUUGGCUUGCCUUUGUGAUAACUAUGUGAUCUGGUUUGUGGAUUAACAAGUUGGCAGAUGUGAAGGGAAAUAAUAAGCUGAAUGUGAUACCUGUACAGUCACUGUUUCUGAGUUACUAAGUCUAUAUAGGGUUGACAUUGAAACUUGGUACCAUUGCUGAUUGCGCCAGCUAAGAUGAGGAUGUUGUAGUCCCAAUUAAAAUCUGUUUAUUUUGUUUGUUUUACAUGUUUCGGAUGUUCCUUCAGAGUUGAAGAUAAUUUACUUCCUAGUCCAAACCUCCCGCAGGACGACGGGGGAUGGGAGCGGGCAGGGUUUGAACCCGGGACCAUCGAUAAAUCCGAACGACAUUCCAGCGCUCACAAACCGCACGACCAGGCAACCAUCUAUAUUUUUUGAGAAGCUAGAGAUAAUUUGGUCCACCUCUGUUACACUUGCACAAUGCAUCUGGCUUUAAAUCACAUCAUAUUACAGUGAUUAAAAUGAAAGCUGAAAGCUGCCACAAGAAGGGGGUGACCAAUUUACUAACUAAAUGAAAAAGUUACUGUGUAACAAAUAAUGGAUAAAUAAAAUUACAAAUAUUAGCCAAAAAAUUUUGAGUUACUGUGAAAAAUGCUGUUUACUAGAAGAAAAAAUUUCUUAAUUUCUACUCUUAGACUAAUGUAUUUCUCAAUGGCACCGAAAAAUGUUAGUAGCAACCUCGACACUUGUAUAGCUUAAAAUCUCAUCAGUACUUGAACUUCUGUGUUCAUGUAAAAGUGAAUUGUAAAAAAAAAAAAUUAAAGUUCUUGCUGACAUCUAUAGAGCAAUGCGUGCAUGAGAGUCACAAGUUGACAAUGAAUCUCAAAAUUUUAACUAAGAGUUUCAUUUUUUUUUUUACACAUUUUGUAAAUCCUACAAAUAAUUAUUUGUGUGUGUAUACAUCUGAUGUAACAUUUGUUUUUGCUUUCUUAAAUGAUUUUUUUGAUUGGACAAUGAAGAUGUAACAUUGUUUUUGAUUGGACAAUGAAGAUAUAACAUUUUUUUUUAUUGGACAAUGAAGAUGUAACAUUGUUUUUGCUCUCUUAAAUGAUUUUUUGAUUAUGCAGCACUUGUUGAUUGAAAUAUAAAACUUCCACUGAAAGUGAGCCAUUCAUGAUGUGUUGGUGUGUGCCUUGAAAACUGAACUUUUUUGUGUGAAGUUCAUGUUAUUUAUGUAUUUAUAUAGUUAGCUUGCUGUAAACCACUUUGCUUGAUUUCUUUAAAGCCUGACUAUUAAAUCAACCAAUGAAAUGAAAGAUCGUUUCAGUGUUU